UUUUUUAAUUGAAAAGUAACUUGGGUUCUCUUUAGAAACCCUUAUUUGGUGUGCGCAUCUGGCUAUUUCACAGAGAUUUCAGUUUUGCAAAGAAGUCGGAGUUGAUUUCUUCCCUCAGACAAGCUAUUGGUUGUUGGUGGGCAACAGAAGUUGCUCAGCAUAGACAGGGGAAAAAACGGUUAUGGAUGAGACUGAAAGAAAACCUCAAAGGAGAACUCUGAGAAUUCAUCUCAGGAUGAAGCUGCAAGGGCAAAGGAGAAGUACUUGUGACACAAGCAAAUGGGGUCCAUUGAUCAACAGAUGCAAGAAGAUUCUUCUCCCAACUACUGUACCUCCUGCAACGAUGAGAAUCUGGCUCCUUGGAGGCCCGCUGCCAUUCCUGCUGCUCCUCUCUGGCCUGCAGAGACCCACAGAGGGUUCUGAGGUUGCAAUUAAAAUCGACUUUGACUUCGCACCAGGUUCUUUUGAUGAUCAGUACCAAGGCUGUAGCAAACAGGUUAUGGAGAAACUAACUCAAGGGGAUUAUUUCACAAAAGACAUAGAAGCCCAGAAGAAUUAUUUUAGGAUGUGGCAAAAAGCCCACUUAGCCUGGCUUAACCAAGGAAAAGUUCUACCCCAGAACAUGACUACCACACACGCUGUGGCUAUUUUGUUUUAUACAUUGAACAGCAAUGUUCAUUCUGACUUUACUAGAGCCAUGGCCUCUGUUGCCAGGACUCCACAGCAGUAUGAACGUUCAUUCCACUUCAAAUAUUUACACUACUACCUCACCUCAGCAAUCCAGCUGCUGAGGAAAGACAGCAUCAUGGAGAAUGGCACUCUGUGCUAUGAGGUGCAUUAUAGGACGAAGGAUGUCCACUUUAAUGCCUACACAGGUGCCACCAUUCGAUUUGGCCAAUUCCUCUCCACAUCCCUCCUGAAAGAAGAGGCACAGGAGUUUGGGAACCAGACACUAUUUACCAUAUUCACCUGCCUGGGUGCACCUGUACAGUACUUCUCCCUCAAGAAGGAAGUCUUGAUCCCUCCCUAUGAGCUGUUUAAAGUUAUAAAUAUGAGCUACCACCCAAGAGGAAACUGGUUGCAGUUGAGGUCAACUGGGAACCUGAGCACAUAUAACUGUCAGCUGCUAAAAGCUUCCAGCAAGAAAUGCAUCCCUGAUCCUAUAGCUAUUGCAUCUCUCUCCUUUUUGACCAGUGUCAUCAUCUUUUCCAAAAGCAGAGUAUAAAGGAAUCUUGUGGCUCCUUUUAUUUAAAAAAAAUAUUUAAAUAAAAUCUUUUUUAUUGGC